AAAUAGCCCAUUGAGCUCGCAGGUAGUCUACAUCAUUAUCAUCAUCUUAAAUUCAAAGAUAACUCAGGUAUAUCCAGCAAUUAUCUUUUACAAGCCCACCUUUUUAUCUAAAUUAUCGCCAUGAAGCUCCUUAACCUUAUUAUGCUGUCUCUGGUAGGCAUUGCUGCCGCUGCUCCAGGCCUAGAGAAGCGCUGUGACGAUGUCUUGAUGACCUGCAAAACUCAUGAUGAUUGCUGUCCUGGACUUGCCUGCACAGGCAAGAUUACGGGUAAUUGGGUUUGUCAGCCUAAAUAAUAAUGCUAUCCUCACGAAAGGGCAGUGAGUCAAUUAUGAAAGGACUUGAGCAGAGUUUUUUGAUAUCGGUAUUGAGCAAUCAUGCAUGUCGAGAAACGGGUGCCAAGUCACCUGCCCAAUGGGGUCUAGCACAUUCCCAUAUCAUGUAGCUCAGCUCUAUUGGUUUAGAAUCACUAAGAUACAUCUAAGUACAUCAAUUUUAUGGUCGAAUCCACUUGUUUCCGUAAAUUUACAAAGCUAUGGGCUGG